UUGUUACGCAUACAUCCGCCGGUUUCUCUACAUUCCAACAUGGCAAGUAGGAAGAGUACCAAGAAACAAGACCAGGGAGAUAAAUAUUCUGUGUUGUUACCCACUUACAACGAACGAGAGAAUUUACCUCUUAUCGUGUGGCUUUUGGUCAAAUACUUCGGCGACAGUGGAUACGACUAUGAGAUAAUUGUCAUUGAUGAUGGAAGCCCAGAUGGGACACUCCAAGUUGCUGAGCAGUUGCAGAAAAUCUAUGGCGAGGACAAGAUACUACUCAGACCCAGAGCAAAGAAACUAGGAUUAGGCACUGCUUAUAUCCACGGCAUUCAGCAUGCCACUGGCAAUUUUAUCUUCAUUAUGGAUGCUGAUCUCUCUCAUCACCCAAAAUUCAUUCCAGAGUUCAUAGAUCUACAAAAAGAAGGUGGAUAUGACGUGGUCUCUGGCACAAGAUACAGUGGAAAUGGGGGUGUGUAUGGAUGGGAUUUGCGCAGGAAGCUUAUCAGCCGAGGAGCAAACUUCAUCACACAGGUGCUCUUAAGACCAGGGGCGUCCGAUUUGACAGGAAGCUUCAGGCUAUACAAGAAGGAGGUGUUAGAGAGCUUGAUAGAGAGGUGUGUGUCUAAGGGCUAUGUCUUUCAAAUGGAGAUGAUUGUGCGUGCCAGACAGCUGGGAUACAGUAUUGGAGAGGUUCCCAUCUCAUUUGUGGAUCGUGUUUAUGGGGAGUCCAAGUUGGGAGGAAAUGAAAUCGUCUCCUUUGGGAAAGGACUUCUUACCUUGUUUGCAACAACAUAGACUAAAUGAGUCAUGAAGCAUCGCUGCAAAAAGAGCAUAAACGGUAGCUGGUUUGCAUAGUGUCAGUUCAUGAUAAUAAUUUCAUAAAUUAUAACUUCCUAUUGUGUAUGGAAAGUUUAGAAGUUUAGUCAGUCAUAUUGGCAGUGGAUUUUUAUGUGUGAAAUGUUGUUGGGAUGUCAUUUCAGUUGUGCAGCACUUCUUCACAUAAAACGACUGAAUUUGCAGGAUACUGUUUAAAAAUUAAAUAAAAAUCCUGGUAAAUCAAA